CUAUCUGGGGUUAUUCGGGUCAAGUUAAUGUCCAUUACUUCACCCCCACACACGUACAUAUUGUGACUCAUGUUAGAUAAACCCUACAGUAUCAUCUCUCUCUCCAUCAGAGUCCCUGCAAACUAAAGAUUUCAAGUCCAUACGAUGCCCAAAAAGAGAGCAUCUAAAAUGCCUGCACCAACGUUGGAGGACCCUGUUGUAGAACAAGAGAGUCCCUCUUCUACACUCAAAAAACCUAUAGAAGAGGAGAAAUGCUCUUCUAUAUCGAAAAAAUCUGGUAACGAGAUAGAUGAGAUCUUCUCUGGAAAGAAGAGGAAGAAAGCAGAACGAGAAAAGGGUGAUGAGCCAAUAGAAGAUGUGAGUGUGAAAUCUAGUAGUAAAACAAAGAAAAAGAAGAGUAAAAAGUCCGAAGACAGUGGUUUUGUUGAUCCGCCUCCUCGGCCUAGGAAGAGAACCGGGGAUGGACUUGUUCUCUAUACAGAAGAGGAGUUGGGUAUUGGGAAGGCAGAUGCUGGAGGUACCCCACUUUGUCCCUUUGAUUGUUCCUGUUGUUUCUGAUAACGCCUAUUAAUUUUUUAGUGCAAGACUGGUAGUUGUUUUUGUUCUAGUGAGUUCUUGAACUUUUCAAAGAAACUAUUUAUUUGUAAUUUCUAUUAUGAAUUUUGUCCUUCCAGUAUGAGGGAUUGGAAUUCGUAGAUUUACCCAUUAAUUUUUGGGUGUAAGACUGUAACUUGCUUCUUUCUUCUAGUGAUGUUUUAGAAAUUUUCAAAGAAAUUAUAAAUUUGUGAUUUUUAUUGUUAA